AUACCGGAUCUCACUUAUGACGGGUUGAGUAAAAGUGCAUACUUUUGGGUGGGAACGGGUCCACAGCCGAACUCAGCCGGAAAGAAGAUCCCAAAUGAGAGGGGAUAUAUCGAUCCGAUUGGCGCUUAUAAUGAAGAGACAAUUGUAUUAGAACUUCCGGGAGAGAUGACUAUCUUUGAUAUCGACUUUCUGGCCAUUUGGGACGACGAGACCAAAGAGAACUUCGGAUCCGUUUUAAUUCCAGACGAACUAAACAUUCCUCCCUCUCUCACCAAAAUCAUUAAACAUGAGUCACGUCUUCCUAAUUGCGAACAAUUGCAUCAAAAAUUACAAUUAAAUUGGGAAAUAUUUGGACCGCAAAUCACUUUCCAAAUGGUGGCACAAAUUGAACCAAAAGAUUACAUCGCUUUUGGAUUAAGUGGCUCUAAGAACUCGUCUCAAAUGAUUGGAUCAGAUGUGGCCGUCUCUCAUCUCGAUGGCCAUUUGGGAUAUACUUCUGACUACAAUAUUAGCGGCAAAUUUCCGUGCACAAAUAUAUUUGGCAAUUAUAGAGGUGUUUGUUUGGACAGUCGGGUCGGAGGAGUAGACAACUAUCAAAUUCAUCUCUUUGAAAGAGUGGAUUCGUUAACAAAAAUCACUUUUCGUCGAAACAUAAUUAAUACUGGAGAUGAGGGGGAUCUGGUAUAUGAAAAGAAUGGACAAUACAUUGUGUGGGCGAUCGGGAAACUCAAUUCAUUACGCGAACCGAACAUUCAUUACAUUUACCCGAAAGGAGACGUUAGGCUAGAAUUUGGCCGAAAGGCUGAGAAUAAUUGUUUUCAUUUCACUUCAUUGAAAGAAUCCGUGGGAAUCAUUCAACCAAAAGCCAAACCCUGGGGACCCCUCCGACUACUGAACCGAACUCUGACCACAUUUUACGCCCGAAUCGGCGACGCCGGGGGUUUAAAAGGAUAUUAUGGUUCGUCGGGUAGCGGCUCUCCGGGUAUGGUUUGGUAUAUAAACGGCUUAUUGGCGCCCAUAUUAUACGUAAAGAGGGGCCGAACCUAUACGUUCCGAGUGGAGGGCGGGAACAACCCCUAUAACGCCCAUCUCUAUCAUCCCCUUUACAUCACGAAUGACCCGAACGGAGGUUUUGUUGAGCACACGGACAGUGAGCGCAAGAAAUAUGUGGUUUACGCUGGCGUUGAGUUUGAUAAGAAAGGCAGACCGACGCCAACCUCGGCGGGCAGACUGUGCGCUUGGCUCCCAUACCAACACACAGACAAACGCAAAGCCGAUAACUUUCACAACUUUAUUCAAUACAGAUCUUCACUGAACUACACGUGCGAAGAGGGAAACGCAGCCAUUUUGCAGUGGACGCCCAACUCUAGUGUUCCCGAUGUUGUCUAUUAUCAGAGCUAUACUCAUAGGAAUAUGGGCCACAAAAUUGUCGUUUUGGACGACUUUUCCGUCAAUAUCAGCUCAUUUGCGCCAAACAUUAGCCUUUCGCUGACUCUAAUUAAUACUCAACAACUGUUCAAUUUCCAGGGCUUUAUACACAUCCUCUACAGAAGUAGCGAUCACUAUUAUUCAAUACAGAUCUUCACUGAACUACACGUGCGAAGAGGGAAACGCAGCCAUUUUGCAGUGGACGCCCAACUCUAG